AUGGACACAGCAGCCCUCCUCAACUCAGUAACCUGGCAAAACACCCUGCUCUUCGCAGGAGGGGCCUACAUCAUCCUGAACCUGAAGGGUCUCCCUUUCGUCUGGCACGUCCGCCUCCUCAACUGCCUCAAAGAACACAUCAUCCUCAACCGUGCCCGUCAAGUGGUCAUAACCACCCAUGGCCCCCAAUCCCUCUUCUACCCGGUCAUUACGACAUCCUCCACCCCGCUACUCGAAAUUGACUACAAUAUGCACAAGUCCAACGCAACCUACUUCACCGACCUAGACAUCAACCGCGUGCACUUGAUCUCCAGUUUAUUCAAAGACCAGCUCGCGCUGGGGUUCUCCGGCGGAGAGCUGAACAUCGCACUCGGAUCCACAGCAUGUGUCUUUAAGAGAGAGAUAAAACCAUACCAAGCGUAUGAGAUCCAUACGAGAUUGUUAAGUUGGGAUGAGAAAUGGGUGUAUUUCGUUAGUCAUUUUGUCAAGACCGGCGGGAAGAAAGACAAAGGGGAGGUAGUGUUUGGGGGCAGCGCGACGGGUGUAAAGGAUGAGAAGUGUAUUUUGGCUUCUGCUGUCACGAGUGAGUCCGGAGACAGUGCUCUCGCGGGCUGGAUUGUUGCCGGAGAAAGGGGUCAAGAUGAAGGAGGGGUUCUGGUCGUGGGAGCAGGUCGAGGAGGAGAGGAAGAGGGGUUUGGAAGUUGCAAAGUCAUUUCUUGCGUUGGAUGGAUUGCAUGCGAUGUUUAG